GUGAGUGUGGUGGAGGGGCAAAGCUUGUUUAAAGGAGUGGCCCACUUCUACAAACAUGGCGGCAUGAUGGGAUGGGAGCAGUGUAAAUGUGUAACAAGGUGCCUGCCCCUCCCUCACCCGUCCUUCCUCCCACCCUCAUUUGCUGUUCGGGGAUGCAAGGAGAGUGGAGCCUCGCAGAGCCUCCUCUCCCGUCACUCUCUCUCACAACAACGUGAGAGCCAGAGGACUCACGCUGUCCUCCAGCACACCCACACACUAGCUCUCAGAGCGAGAGACACUGAGAGAGAGAGGGAGAGAGAGAGGGAGAUAGAGGAGGAGGCGUAGAAACAGAAAAAGCACCAUAAGGGGCACAUAGCGAAGGAAAUUAACUAUUUCUUCCUGAGGAGAUAAAGCCUAAGGAUUUUCUCUUUUCUCCCGAGGAAUUGCGAAUAACCCUCGGUGAAGGAUGGCAGAAGGGGGAGAAGGAGAGGAGGAGAUUCAGUUCCUGCGAACGGAUGACCAGGUUGUUCUCCAGUGCACUGCCUCCGUCCUUAAGGGGGAGCAGAUCAAGUUAUGUCUGUCCUGCGAGGGCUUCGGGAACCGUCUCUGUUUCCUGGAAACCACAUCCAACGCUCAGAGUGUGCCCCCAGAUCUGGCCAUUUGUUCCUUCAUUCUGGAGCAGUCCCUGUCAGUCCGUGCUCUGCAGGAGAUGCUGGCCAACAGAGUAGAGAUGACAGAGUCUUCUCAAGGAGGAGGUCAUCGUACACUGCUGUACGGGCAUGCCAUCCUUCUGAGACAUCACCACUCAGGAAUGUACCUGAGCUGUUUGACAACAUCUCGCUCUCUCACGGACAAGCUGGCCUUCGACGUGGGCUUACAAGAGGAUUCCAUUGGUGAAGCAUGCUGGUGGACAAUUCAUCCAGCCUCUAAGCAAAGGUCAGAAGGUGAGAAGGUCAGGGUGGGUGAUGACCUCAUUCUGGUCAGUGUUUCCUCAGAGAGAUACCUGCACCUCUCCUAUGCCAGUGGAGACCUGAUGGUGGAUGCCUCCUUCAUGCAGACACUGUGGAACAUGAACCCGAUCAGUUCUGGGUGUGAACUUGCUGAAGGUUUUUUGACAGGAGGUCAUGUUCUAAGGCUCUUCCACGGUCACAUGGACGAGUGUCUAGCCAUCUCUACACCAGAAGAAGGAGAGGAAAAACGCAGGAUGGCUCAUUAUGAAGGCGGUGCUGUUUGCAGUCAGGCUCGAUCUCUCUGGAGACUGGAGCCCCUCAGAAUCAGCUGGAGUGGUAGCCACAUGAAAUGGGGUCAGUCUUUCCGUAUUCGCCACAUCACCACAGGCCGGUACCUGUGUCUGGAUGAAGAGAAAGGCCUGUUGGUGGUUGACCCAGAGAAGGCCAACACUAAACUGUCUGCUUUCUGCUUCCGUGCUUCGAAGGAGAAGGUGGACGUGGCCCAGAAGCGUGAUGUUGAGGGCAUGGGCAUCCCAGAAAUAAAGUAUGGAGAGUCCAUGUGCUUUGUCCAGCAUGUGUCCACUGGUCUGUGGCUCACAUAUGCAGCACUGGAUGCCAAAGCUGCUCGUUUGGGAAUGAUGAAGAGAAAGGUCAUGCUGCACCAGGAAGGUCAUAUGGAUGACGCCUUAACUGUGUCUCGCUCUCAGAGUGAAGAGUCUCAGGCUGCUCGAAUGAUUUACAGCACUACAGGCCUUUUCAGGCAGUUCAUCAAGGGUCUGGAUUCUCUGAGUGCAAAAAACAAGUCAGGGGCUGCGUCACUCCCUCUGGAUGCCGUCAUUCUCUCUCUUCAAGAUCUCAUCUUUUACUUCCGUCCACCUGAGGAGGAACUGGAGCACGAGGAGAAACAGACCAAGCUCCGUUCCCUUCGCAACCGGCAGAACCUCUUUCAAGAGGAGGGUAUGAUUACCAUUGUGUUGGAGUGCAUCGACCGUCUGAACGUGUACAACACUGCUGCACAUUUCUCCGAAUUUGCUGGCGAGGAAGCCGCAGAGUCUUGGAAGGAGAUUGUCAACCUUCUUUAUGAGCUGCUGGCUUCUCUAAUCAGAGGAAACCGCUCCAACUGUGCUUUGUUCUGCGACAACCUGGACUGGCUGGUCAGCAAACUGGACCGCCUGGAGGCUUCCUCUGGUAUUUUGGAGGUGCUGUACUGUGUGCUCAUUGAAAGUCCUGAGGUUCUGAACAUUAUCCAGGAAAAUCACAUAAAAUCCAUUAUUUCUCUGCUGGACAAACAUGGAAGGAACCACAAGGUCCUGGAUGUCUUGCGCUCUUUGUGUGUGUGUAAUGGUGUUGCUGUGAGGUCCAACCAGAACCUUAUUACUGAAAACCUGCUGCCGGGCCGUGAACUACUACUACAGACCAACAUUGUAAAUUAUGUCACCAGUGUAAGACCCAACAUCUUCCUGGGUACAUGUGAGGGAUCCACGCAGUAUAAAAAAUGGUACUAUGAGAUGAUGGUGGACUACGUGGAACCAUUUGUCACGGCACAGGCUACACAUCUGCGCGUGGGCUGGGGUAUGACCGAGGGCUACAGCCCAUACCCUGGAGGAGGAGAAGGCUGGGGAGGAAAUGGUGUUGGUGAUGAUCUCUACUCUUAUGGAUUUGACGGACAGCAUCUGUGGUCAGGUACGAUUGCUCGCCAGGUGGCCUCUCAAACUGGACACACCCUUGCUGCUGACGACGUGGUCAGCUGCUGUCUGGAUCUGAGUGUGCCCAGUAUCUCCUUCCGUAUCAAUGGUCACCCUGUUCAGGGCAUGUUUGAGAACUUCAACGUGGACGGCCUCUUCUUCCCAGUCAUCAGCUUCUCUGCUGGGGUCAAGGCUCGUUUUCUGCUCGGUGGUCGACAUGGGGACUUUAAGUUCAUGCCCCCGCCCGGAUAUGCCCCCUGUUAUGAGGCCCUGCUGCCCAGAGACAGGAUGCGCAUUGAACCCAUCAAGGAGUACAAGCACGACUUUAGUGGAGUGCGAAACCUGUUGGGUCCCACACUGUCCCUCAACCACACUUCAUUCACCCCGUGCCCUGUGGACACAGUUCAGAUUGUGCUACCACCUCAUUUGGAACGUAUUAGGGAGAAGCUGGCUGAGAACAUUCAUGAGCUGUGGGCUGUCACCCGUAUUGAGCAGGGCUGGACGUAUGGGAUUUUCAGGGAUGACAACAAGAAACUCCAUCCCUGUCUGGUGGACUUCCAGAGUCUUCCAGAGCCAGAGAGGAACUACAACCUGCAGAUGUCUGCAGAGACUCUGAAGACUCUUCUGGCACUGGGUUGUCAUGUGGGUAUGGGUGAUGAGAAAGCUGAGGAGAAUCUGAAGAAAAUCAAGCUGCCCAAGACCUACGUGAUGGCCAAUGGAUACAAGCCUGCCCCCCUUGACCUUAACCAUGUAAAACUGACACCAAAUCAAAACCAACUUGUAGAAAAGCUGGCAGAAAAUGGACACAAUGUUUGGGCAAGGGACCGGGUACGUCAAGGAUGGACCUACAGUAUUGUGCAGGACAUCGUCAAUAAGCGAAACCCUCGUCUAGUACCUUACAACCUGCUGGAUGAGAGAACUAAGAAAACCAACCGAGACAGCGUAAACAAUGCUGUCCGCACCCUGAUUGGCUAUGGCUACAACAUUGAGCCUCCUGAUCAGGAGAGCAGUGAUGGCCAUGGCCUGGAGAACACCCGUGGGGACAAGGUACGAAUCUUCAGGGCAGAGAAGUCGUAUGCUGUCACCCAAGGGAAGUGGUACUUUGAGUUUGAGGCAAUGACCACAGGUGAAAUGAGAGUGGGAUGGUCACGGCCUAAUGUCCGCUCCGACACUGAACUAGGAGCAGAUGAGCUGUCAUACGUCUUUAAUGGCAAUAAGGCUCAAAGAUGGCAUAUUGGCAAUGAACCAUUUGGCCGACAGUGGCAGUCUGGUGAUGUAGUGGGUUGUAUGAUUGACCUCACGGAGAUGAACAUUAUGUUCACACUCAAUGGUGAAAUGCUCAUUAGUGACUCUGGCUCAGAGAUGGCUUUCAAAGACAUUGAAAUUGGAGAAGGUUUUAUCCCAGUGUGUGCCCUGGGGUUGUCUCAGGUUGGACGGAUCAAUCUUGGACAAAAUGUUAGCAGCCUGAGAUACUUUGCCAUUUGUGGACUGCAGGAAGGAUUUGAACCUUUUGCCAUCAAUAUGAAGCGAGACAUAACCAUGUGGUUCAGUAAAAGUUUACCUCAGUUUGGGCCUGUUCCAACUGAGCACAAUCACAUUGAGGUCUCUCGUGUAGAUGGCACUGUGGACAGUGCUCCUUGUCUGAAACUGACCCACAGAACCUUCGGCUCACAAAAUGCCAACACAGACAUGAUAUUCUUCAGACUAAGCAUGCCUGUCCAGUUCCAUGAGACCUUCAAGAUCCAGGCAGGAGCAACGCCUCUCACCCGUUUGCUCACCAUCCCAGAAGAGGAGGUUGUGGUGACUGAGCCUGACUCAGAGUUUGAAGUACUGAAAAAAUCUGCCACCCGUAAGGAGCAGGAGGAGGAGAAGAAAGAGCCGUCUGUCCCCAAAGAGCUUUCUGUGGAAAAUGAAAAGGACACGCUGCCUGAAAAGGGAAAAAAGAAAGGGUUUUUCUCUAAGGCCAAAAAGGCUGCUAUGACACCAUUGGCUCCUCCUCCUCCCCCAACGGUUCCACGUUUGGUUGAAGAUGUGGUUCCUGAUGACAGAGAUGACCCUGAGAUCAUCCUUAACACCACCACUUAUUAUUACUCUGUGAGGAUCUUUGCUGGGCAGGAGCCCUCAGGUGUGUGGAUUGGAUGGGUCACCCCUGACUACCACCAGUUUGAUCCAUCAUUUGACCUUUCCAAAGUGCGCAGUGUCACAGUUACUGUGGGGGAUGACAAAGGCAACAUACACAACAGUAUGAAGCAUAGCAACUGUUACAUGGUAUGGGGAGGUGACCUGGUCAGCAAUCAACAGACUCGCUUCAGCCAAGAGGACAUGGUGGUUGGCUGCCUGGUUGACCUGGCAACAGGUCUUAUGACCUUCACAGCUAAUGGAAAGGAAAUAAACACUUUCUAUCAGGUGGAGCCCAACACCAAGUUAUUCCCCGCCGUCUUCGUUCAGCCAUCAAAUCAAAACAUGUUCCAGUUGGAGCUUGGCAAACUUAAGAAUAUCAUGCCCAUCUCAGCAGCCAUGUUCCGCAGUGAACGUAAGAAUCCAGUCCCCCAAUGUCCUCCAAGGCUGGACGUCCAGAUGUUGACCCCAGUAAUCUGGAGUCGUAUGCCAAAUCACUUCCUCAACCCAGAGGUGGGCAAAGUGAGUGAGAGGAUGGGCUGGAUGGUGGAGUGUACAGAACCUCUCAUCAUGAUGGCUCUGCACAUCCCAGAGGAGAACAGGUGUAUUGACAUCCUCGAGCUGUCAGAGCGUCUGGAUCUGAUGAAAUUCCACUACCACACACUCAUGCUCUACUGUGCUGUGUGUGCACUCGGCAACAACCGAGUGGCUCAUGCCUUGUGCAGCCACGUGGAUGAGUCACAGCUUUUCUACGCCAUUGAGAACACCUAUCUGCCUGGACCUCUCCGCAGUGGCUACUAUGAUUUGCUCAUCAGUAUUCACCUGGAAUCUGCCAAACGGGUACGACUAGGAACAAACAAGGAGUUCAUUGUCCCCAUGACUGAAGAAACUCUCAGCAUCCACCUCUAUCCUGAUACUAAAAAUGCCUACUCCCUCCCUGGUGUUGGCCUCACCACCUGUUUACGGCCUAAACUGCAUUUCUCGUCAAUUAACUUUGUUGGCACAGAUCCCGAUCUGUACACCCUAAGUCCUGUUUUCCCUCUGCAAGACCUGAAGACCAGGGCCAUAAGCAUGUUAACAGAGGCGGUCCUUGAUGGUAGCCAGGCCAUGCGAGACCCAGUUGGGGGCAGUGUAGAGUUUCACUUUGUCCCAAUACUCAAACUAAUCAGUACCUUGCUCAUCAUGGGUAUCUUCAAUGAUGAAGACACCAAACACAUCCUCAAGAUGAUUGAUCCCAAUGUUUUCAGUGGAAAGCAGGAGGAAGAAGGGGAGGAGAAAGCAGAAGAUGGUGAAAAAGAGGGCGAGGAAGGUAAAGAUGAGGACGAGGAGGGGGAUGAGGAGGAGGCUGAGCUUGAAGAUGAAGGGGUUGGUGAGGAAGAGGAAGAGCUCAAAGCUUUGGAGCAAGGAGAGGAGGAGCAGGCUGAACAUAGGGAGGAAGGUGGUGAGGGGGGGGCUCAGGCCAAAGCAGAAAAAGUGGAUGGAGAGAAAGCAGAAGAAGAAAAAGAAGCAGAAGCAAUAGAGGCAGAGGCCAAAGAGGUGGAGGGUCUUGACGAAGGAUUACUUCAGAUGAAGCUUCCUGAAUCUGUCAAACUGCAGAUGUGUACUCUUCUGCAAUACUUUUGUGACUGUGAGCUUCGACACAGAGUUGAAGCAAUCGUGGCCUAUUCAGAUAAUUUUGUUAAUAAUAUUCAAAGCAACCAGCGAGUUCGUUACAACCUGUUAAUGAAAGCUUUCACCAUGUCAGCUGCAGAAACUGCACGCAAAACCCGUGAGUUUCGCUCUCCCCCCCAAGACCAGGUCCUUCUGCUGACCCACUUUAAAAACGGUGCAGAGGACGAGGAGUGUCCAGUACCUGAGGUGGUACGAGAUUCUCUGGCUAAAUUCCACAAUGAUCUGCUGCUUCACUGUGGUAUACAUGUUGAGGAGGAGGCAGAAGAGCAGGAGGUAGACAACUCACUGAGGGGCAGACUCCUCAGUUUGGUGGAAAAGAUCAACAGUUUGCGCAAAAAGAAAGAGGAGGAGCCGACUGAGGUUGAAGAGGAGCCAAAGCCCAGCACUCUCCAGGAACUGAUCUCCCACACCAUGAUCCACUGGGCUCAAGAGUCUUUCAUCCAGAACCCAGAGUUGGUCCGUAUGAUGUUCAGCCUGCUCCACAGGCAGUACGAUGGCUUGGGCGAGCUGAUCCGUGCACUGCCCAAAGCCUAUGCCAUCAACGGGGUGUCUGUCCAGGAUACGAUGGACCUACUGGAAUGUUUGGGACAGAUACGUUCGCUGCUUAUUGUCCAGAUGGGUCCAGAGGAGGAGCGGCUCAUGAUCCAGAGCAUUGGGAACAUCAUGAACAACAAGGUGUUCUACCAACACCCCAACCUAAUGCGAGCACUUGGUAUGCAUGAAACUGUCAUGGAGGUCAUGGUCAAUGUUUUAGGUGGAGGAGGAGACUCAAAGGAGAUUCGUUUCCCUCAAAUGGUGACCAAUUGCUGUCGCUUCCUGUGUUACUUCUGUCGUAUCAGCCGACAGAACCAGCGUUCCAUGUUUGACCACCUGGGCUACCUGCUGCAGAACAGUGGCAUUGGCUUGGGUCAGNNNGGAUCCACGCCUCUGGAUGUUGCUGCAGCUUCCUGCAUUGACAACAAUGAACUGGCUUUAGCUUUGCAAGAGCAAGACCUGGAAAUGGUUGUGACCUACUUGGCAGGAUGCGGGCUUCAGAUGUGUCCAAUGCUGUUGUCCAAGGGCUACCCUGAUAUUGGAUGGAACCCAGUAGGGGGGGAGCGAUACCUGGACUUCCUCCGUUUUGCUGUCUUUGUCAAUGGAGAAAGCGUGGAAGAGAACGCCAAUGUUGUGGUUCGUCUGCUCAUUCGUCGGCCAGAGUGUUUCGGCCCUGCCCUGAGAGGAGAGGGUGGUAAUGGUUUGUUGGCUGCCAUGGAAGAGGCCAUCAAGAUCUCAGAGGAUCCAGCCAGAGAUGGUCCCACCGUCAAAAAAGACAGACGCUUCAUGUUUGGUGGUGAAGAACAGCAAGAGGAGAACCGUGUGCACCUGGGAAAUGCCAUCAUGUCCUUCUACUCAGCUCUCAUUGAUCUGCUGGGUCGCUGUGCCCCUGAGAUGCAUCUUAUCCAAGCAGGGAAAGGUGAAGCUCUGCGAAUCAGGGCCAUCCUGAGGUCUCUGGUUCCCAUAGAAGACUUGGUGGGAGUUAUCAGCUUGCCUGUGCAGAUUCCUGCCUAUGGCAAAGAUGGUCAGAUUAUUGAGCCAAAGAUGUCAGCCAGUUUUGUACCAGACCACAAGGCUUCCAUGGUCCUGUUCCUUGACAGAGUGUAUGGCAUUGAUAACCAGGACUUUUUGCUUCACGUUCUGGAGGUCGGCUUCCUGCCAGACAUGAGGGCUUCAGCUUCCCUGGACACUGUGGCAUUCAGUACAACCGAAAUGGCCCUGGCACUGAACCGAUACCUCUGCUCAGCAGUUCUGCCUCUGCUCACCAAAUGUGCCCCGCUAUUUGCUGGUUCAGACCACCGUGCCAUCAUGAUUGACUCAAUGCUCCACACUAUCUACCGUCUGUCCAGAGGCCGAGCCCUCACCAAGGCCCAGAGGGAUGUCAUUGAGGAGUGCCUCAUGUCACUUUGCAAGUAUCUACGGCCAUCGAUGCUGCAGCAUCUGCUCAGACGACUGGUGUUUGAUGUGCCCAUCCUCAAUGAAUAUGCAAAGAUGCCUCUUAAGCUGUUGACCAAUCACUAUGAGCGCUGCUGGAAGUAUUACUGUCUACCUAAUGGAUGGGCCAAUUUUGGAGUGACUUCAGAGGAAGAGUUGCAUCUUUCCCGUAAACUCUUUUGGGGAAUUUUUGAAUCUCUUGCACACAAGAAAUUUGAUGCAGAACUCUUUAAGAUCGCCAUGCCCUGCCUCUGUGCGAUAGCAGGUGCCAUUCCACCUGACUAUGUGGAUGCCAGCUAUUCCUCUCACACUGAGAAAAAGGCCUCUGUUGAUGCUGAGGGCAACUUUGAUCCCAAACCUGUGGAGACCACCAACACUAUAAUCCCUGAGAGGCUGGAUGCUUUUAUUAACAAGUUUGCUGAGCACACUCAUGACAGAUGGGCCUUUGAAAAAAUCCAGAACAACUGGACCUAUGGAGAGCUGUUAGAUGAGAAUGCAAAAACUCACCCAAUGCUGCGACCUUAUAAAACCUUCUCUGAAAAGGACAAAGAGAUCUAUCGUUGGCCCAUUAAAGAAUCUGCCAAAGCUAUGUUAGCUUGGGAGUGGACCUUGGAGAAAGCCAGAGAUGGUGAAGGAGAAAUUGAGAAAAAAGCUGCCACUCGUAAGAUCUCCCAGACUGCUCAGGCCACCUAUGACCCCAGUCAUGGUUACAGCCCUCAGCCAAUAGAUCUGUCAGGAAUGGCCUUGUCCAGGGAGCUGCAGUCAAUGGCUGAACAGCUGGCAGAAAACUACCACAACACUUGGGGUAGAAAGAAGAAGAUGGAGCUUCAGACCAAAGGUGGAGGCAGCCACCCGCUCCUUGUUCCUUAUGACACCUUGACCGCUAAGGAGAAAGCAAGGGACAGGGAGAAGGCCCAAGACCUGCUUAAGUUCCUCCAGCUUAAUGGAUAUGCAGUGACUAGGGGUCUUAAAGACAUGGAGCAGGACAUUUCCUCCAUUGAGAAGCGUUUUGCCUAUGGCUUCCUGCAGAAGCUUUUAAAGUGGAUGGACAUCGCACAGGAAUUUAUUGCUCACCUUGAGGCUGUUGUUAGCAGUGGUAGAGUGGAGAAGUCACCACAUGAACAGGAAAUCAAAUUCUUUGCCAAGAUUCUAUUGCCACUGGUGAAUCAAUACUUCAAGAACCACUGCUUGUACUUCCUCUCCACUCCUGCAAAGGUCUUGGGAAGUGGAGGACUUUCCUCCAAUAAGGAGAAGGAGAUGAUUGCAAGUAUCUUCUGUAAGUUGGCUGCUUUGGUGAGGCAAAGAGUUUAUCUUUUUGGAACGGAUGCAAAUGCAGUCAUUAACUGUCUGCACAUUCUGUCACGAUCCUUGGAUGCCAGGACGGUUAUGAAAUCAGGCCCUGAGAUUGUGAAGGCCGGGCUGCGCCAGUUCUUUGAGAGUGCUGCAGACGACAUUGAGAAGAUGGUUGAGAAUUUGAAAUUGGGAAAAGUGUCGAGUCGAAAUCAGGUUAAGGGUGUGGCACAGAACAUCAGCUACACCACCACUGCCCUGCUGCCAGUCCUGACAUCACUCUUUGACCACAUCGCCCAACACCAGUUUGGAGAUGAUGUCAUGUUGGACGACCUGCAAAUAUCCUGCUAUCGUUUGAUGUGCAGUAUUUACUCCCUGGGCACAGUUAAGACUCCACAUGUGGAGAAACAGAGACCGGCUCUUGGUGAGUGCUUAGCCCAUCUUGCAGCAGCUAUGCCAGUGGCCUUCAUGGAGCCAGAACUGAAUGAGUUCAACACCUUUUCAGUUUACACCACCAAGACUCCAAGAGAGAGAACAAUUCUUGGUCUUCCCAGUCAAGUAGAGGAGCUGUGCCCUGACAUCCCAGAACUGGAGGUCUUGAUGAAGGAAAUUCACGAUCUGGCUGAGUCUGGUGCUCGCUACACAGAAAUGCCUCACGUGAUUGAGAUCACUUUGCCCAUGCUGUGUAACUAUCUCCCACGCUGGUGGGAGAGGGGCCUGGAGAAUUUCCCGGAGCAGGAGGGCCAGCUUUGUACCUCUGUCACCUCUGAGCAUCUGAAUCAGCUCCUGGGGAGCAUCAUGAAGAUUGUUGUUAACAACCUGGGUAUAGACGAAGCCUCUUGGAUGAAGAGAUUGGCAGUUUUUGCCCAGCCCAUUGUUAGCAGGGCUAAACCUGAGAUGCUUAAAUCCCACUUCAUCCCCACCAUGGAAAAGUUGAAGAAGCGCUCAGGAAAAGUGGUGGCGGAGGAAGAGCAUCUGCGUAUGGAGGGCAAAACAGAGGUGGACAGUGAAAACGGCACCAUCCGAGACGAGUUUGCUGUCCUCUGUCGAGACCUGUAUGCUCUCUACCCACUGCUCAUCCGCUACGUGGACAACAACAGAGCAAGGUGGCUGACCUGUCCAGAUCCUGAUGCAGAGGAACUGUUCAGAAUGGUGGGGGAGGUCUUUAUUUUCUGGUCCAAAUCACAUAACUUUAAAAGGGAGGAGCAGAACUUUGUGGUGAUGAAUGAGAUCAACAACAUGUCUUUCCUGACUGCUGACAGUAAGAGCAAGAUGAGCAAGGCCGGAGAUGGAGAGUCGGGAGGCUCUGAGCAGGAGCGUACCAAAAAGAAGCGACGGGGAGACCGAUACUCAGUGCAAACUUCACUUAUUGUUGCUGCGUUAAAGAAGAUGCUUCCCAUUGGCCUCAAUAUGUGCUCUCCUGCUGACCAGGAGCUUAUCAAUCUUGCAAAGAUCAGAUACUCACUGAAAGACACGGAUGAAGAGGUGAGGGAGUUCUUGCACAACAAUCUGCAUCUUCAAGGCAAGGUGGAAGACCCAGCCAUGCGCUGGCAGAUGUCUCUGUAUAAGGAGAUGUCUGGAAAGGCUGAAGAUGCUGAGGACCCUGAAAAGGUGGUGAAAAGGGUACAAGAAGUAUCUGCUGUCCUUUACCACAUUGAGGUGACUGAACAUCCAUUCAAGUCCAAAAAAAUGGUUUGGCACAAGCUACUGUCCAAACAGCGCCGCAGGGCAGUGGUGGCAUGUUUUAGGAUGACACCACUAUACAACAUCCCAGCGCACAGGGCAACCAACAUGUUCUUGGACGCAUAUAAGCGCAACUGGUUGGAGACUGAGGGUUACUCGUUUGAGGACAAGAUGAUUGAUGACUUGUCUAAAGCCAUGGAGGAAGAGGAGGAAGAGGAAGAGGAGACCGAGACAAAGCCUGAUCCCCUCCAUCAGCUGAUUCUCCACUUCAGCCGCACAGCUCUGACCGAAAAGACAAAACUGGACGUUGACCAUCUCUAUAUGUCGUAUGCUGAUAUUAUGGCAAAGAGCUGCCACAUUGGUGAGGAAGACGAAGGGGGAGAGCAAGAGGGGGAGGAGCCAUCCUUUGAGGUGCGACAGACAGAGAUGGAAAAGGAGAUGGAGAAACAGAGGCUUCUGUACCAGCAGGCCCGUCUGCACAACCGCGGGGCUGCAGAGAUGGUGCUUCAGAUGAUCAGUGCCUGUAAAGGUGAACCCGGAGCCAUGGUUUCUUCUACUCUCAAACUGGGAAUCUCCAUCCUCAAUGGAGGCAACAGUGAUGUGCAGCAGAGAAUGCUGGACUAUCUGAAGGAUAAAAAGGAUGUGGGAUUUUUCCUGAGCGUUCAGGCUCUGAUGCAGACCUGCAGCGUUUUAGAUCUAAAUGCUUUUGAGAGACAGAACAAAGCUGAAGGACUGGGGAUGGUUUCAGAGGAAGGCACCAAUAAGAAGCUAGAACGUGAUGAGAAAGUGAUGGCAGAUGAUGAGUUUACAUGUGACCUCUUCCGCUUCCUGCAGCUUCUUUGUGAAGGCCAUAAUAACGAUUUUCAGAACUAUCUGAGAACCCAGACAGGCAGUACCACGACCAUCAAUAUCAUCAUCUGCACUGUGGAUUACCUGCUGCGUCUACAGGAGUCCAUUAGUGACUUUUACUGGUACUAUUCAGGUAAAGACAUCAUUGAUGAUCCUGGCAAGAGGAAUUUCUCCAAAGCAAUGACUGUGGCCAAGCAGGUCUUCAACAGUUUGACUGAGUACAUCCAGGGUCCCUGCACUGGUAACCAGCAGUCUCUGGCCCACAGCAGGUUGUGGGAUGCUGUGGUGGGCUUCCUACAUGUUUUUGCUCAUAUGAUGAUGAAACUAGCUCAGAUGCACCCAGAUCCUGGACAACGGAAUGGCGAUCAUUUUUGGAGUAGAGCACACUCCGAGGACUCGAGUCAAAUCGGACUCCUGAAAGAACUGCUGGAUUUGCAGAAGGACAUGGUGGUGAUGCUUCUCUCUCUGCUUGAAGGCAAUGUGGUAAACGGCACCAUUGCCAAGCAGAUGGUGGACAUGCUGGUGGAGUCCUCAAGCAAUGUGGAGAUGAUCCUUAAGUUCUUUGACAUGUUCCUAAAGCUCAAGGACAUUGUGGCAUCUGAUGCCUUCAGGGACUAUGUGACUGACCCACGUGGACUAAUCUCCAAGAAGGAUUUCUCUAAGGCCAUGGACAGUCAGAAGCAGUACUCUCCGUCAGAAAUCCAGUUCCUCCUCUCCUGCUCAGAGGCUGAUGAAAAUGAGAUGAUCAACUUUGAGGAAUUUGCUGAUCGUUUCCAGGAGCCAGCCAAAGACAUUGGUUUCAAUAUUGCUGUUCUUCUCACUAACCUGUCGGAGCACGUGCCUCAUGAUACCCGCUUACAGAACUUCCUGGAGCAGGCAGAGAGUGUACUCAAUUACUUCCGUCCAUUCCUUGGCCGCAUAGAGAUCAUGGGAGCCAGCCGAAGGAUUGAGCGCAUCUACUUUGAAAUCAGCGAGGCCAACCGCAACCAGUGGGAAAUGCCACAGGUUAGAGAGUCCAAGCGACAGUUCAUCUUUGAUGUGGUGAACGAGGGCGGUGAGAGUGAGAAGAUGGAGAUGUUUGUGAACUUCUGCGAGGACACAAUCUUUGAGAUGAACAUUGCCGCAUCUAUCUCCGAGCCCGAGGGAGAUGGUGCUGAGGAGGAAGAUGACGAGGAAGAAGAGGAAGGUGGAGGAGAUGAAGUAGAGUCUGCAGAAGGUGAUGAAGGCAACGGCGAAGGGGAAGCUCCAGAGUCAACCUCCGCCUUUGCAGAAUUCGUGAACAGUGUGAUCAACUUCUUUAAUAUGUUCACCUUCCGUAACCUGCGCCGUCACUACCGCAAACUCAGGAAGAUGACGAUAAAGGAGAUGGUGAUCGGCCUGGUUACGUUUGUUUACACUGUUCUGAUGGGUAUCCUGAUAUUUGUCUAUAGUAUAUGUAAGGGCUUCUUCACAUUCAUAUGGAAAGUGCUGUUUGGUGGAGGCUUAGUAGAGGGCGCCAAAAAGAUGACUGUGACAGAGAUCCUUGCAAGUAUGCCCGAUCCAACACAGGACGAAGUUCACGGCGACGUUCCACCAGAACCAGGAGCCCGAGAAGUCCAGGACACAGACGGAGCGGCAGAACAUUUAGAUACUGGAGGAGGAGAAGAGGAAGAGGAGGGUGGGGAGGAAGGAGAAGGUGGACAUAUGCCUGGCUUCAGUGCUCCUGGUGGACUUGGUGAUUUUGGUGAGACAACUCCAGAAGAACCUCCAACUCCCGAGGGGACACCGUUGCUCAAGAGGAAACUGUUGGAAGCUGCAGUGGGAGGACAAGGAGAGGAGGAAACCGUUGAGCAUGAGCAUGAACAUGAAGAAGAAGCUCCUCAGGAGGCAGAGAAGGCAGACACUGAGAAUGGAGAGAAGGAAGAGAAGCCAGAACCUGAACCUGAAGUGAAAGUGGAACCACCCCAAGAAGAAGAGAAACCGACUGUGACAACCAAGGCAAAGAAGGAAAAGAAACCUGUUGAGGAGGGCUUUGAGCUGUGGAAUGAGCUGGAGAUCCAGAGAAUCAAAUUCAUGAACUACCUUUCUCGUAACUUCUACAACCUUCGGUUCCUUGCUCUGUUUAUUGCCUUCGCUCUCAAUUUCAUCCUGCUUUUCUACAAGGUGUCUGACACUCCCCCAGGUGAGGAGGACUACGAGGGUUCUGGUCUUUUUGAGGGCUCUGGCAUGUUUGAAGGCUCCGGUGCUGAGGAGGAAGGUUCUGGGUUAGAAGACGGAGGAGAAGAUGAUGAUGAAGAAGGUCCCAUGUACUACUUCUUAGAGGAGAGUACAGGUUACAUGGAACCAGCCAUGGCUUUCUUUGGUAUAAUUCACACCAUCAUCUCCUUCCUCUGCAUCAUUGGUUACAACUGCCUGAAGGUCCCUCUGGUUAUCUUCAAGAGAGAGAAAGAGCUGGCCAGGAAACUGGAGUUCGAUGGACUGUAUGUCACAGAGCAGCCGGAAGAUGAUGACAUUAAAGGCCAGUGGGACCGACUGGUGCUCAACACUCCCACUUUCCCCAACAAUUACUGGGACAAGUUUGUCAAAAGAAAGGUCCUGGAUAAAUACGGUGACAUCUACGGCAGAGAGAGAAUUGCAGAGCUGCUGGGUAUGGACCUGGCCUCUCUGGACGUCAGUGCCAUGACUCAUGGAAAGAAAGCAGAACCCGACACCUCCAUGUUCAGCUGGAUCACAUCCAUCGACGUCAAGUAUCAGAUCUGGAAGUUUGGUGUUGUGUUCACUGACAAUACCUUCCUCUACCUGGUCUGGUACAUGUUGAUGUCUCUGCUGGGACACUAUAACAACUUCUUCUUUGCUGCUCAUCUCCUGGACAUCGCCAUGGGUGUGAAAACCCUGCGCACCAUCCUGUCCUCUGUCACUCACAACGGCAAACAGCUGUUGAUGACGGUGGGUUUGUUGGCCGUAGUUGUGUACCUGUACACUGUGGUGGCCUUCAACUUCUUCCGCAAGUUCUACAAUAAGAGCGAGGAUGAGGACGAACCGGACAUGAAGUGUGACGACAUGAUGACAUGUUACCUGUUCCACAUGUACGUCGGUGUACGCGCUGGCGGUGGUAUUGGAGACGAAAUCGAGGACCCAGCUGGAGAUGAAUACGAGCUGUACCGAGUGGUCUUCGACAUCACCUUCUUCUUCUUUGUCAUUGUCAUCCUGCUGGCUAUCAUCCAGGGUCUAAUCAUUGAUGCCUUUGGUGAGCUGAGAGACCAGCAGGAACAGGUCAGAGAGGACAUGGAGACAAAGUGCUUCAUCUGUGGAAUAGGAAGUGACUACUUUGACACAACGCCGCAUGGAUUUGAGACUCACACUUUAGAAGAACAUAAUUUAGCCAACUACAUGUUCUUCCUAAUGUAUCUGAUUAACAAAGAUGAAACAGAACACACAGGCCAGGAGUCGUAUGUCUGGAAGAUGUACCAGGAACGAUGCUGGGACUUCUUCCCCGCCGGAGACUGCUUUAGGAAGCAGUAUGAGGAUCAGCUGGGAUAAUGUUCCACACGGUGCAUGGGCCUCAGAAUGAGGAGAGAAGAGAGUAGUAAAGAGAGGAGUGAAGUCCAGAGUGGUGAAGGUGUCACAAGGUCUUACUUUUGAUCGUUUUCCUGCACAUUUCUCUCCUCAGUUGAAGCUAUGCACGCUGUGACUGCACUAUAGUAACAACUGCAGCAAAAAGGUAAAGAGAUUAGUGGAGAGAAGCAGAGUCAAUUAUAUACUCAAUACGCAUAAACUCACUUAUGAAGCAAGUGGCCUUUUCUAUUCUCCAUGGAACACCACAGGUCAUGGCCUUGUUUGUGUAAAACGUCGUGCACAAAGGGCUCUUUGGAAAGAUCCUGCUGUCAACAUUUCAGUGCCUAUAGCAUCGUCACUGCUUUAGCAAUCAGAUAGUUUAGUUUUAUAGCUCUGAGCCUUGUAUUUAAGACUUUGUUUUAUUUGUAUUGUUUGAAUGGUUGGAGUCUUGUUUCCUUCGUUGCUGCUGCCUGUUAAAAUUUCAUUGAAGAUUUUUAUUGAAAGAAAGAGGGGGGAAGGGGGGAGGGGGAGUGAUUCAGCAGCUCACAGCUCAAUCUCUGGGAUCCUGGAGGGAGCAGUGAACAUCAGUCCCACCCUCACCAUGGAAUGUGUAUCAGAGACGUCUCUCUCUUUUGAGAAUUACUACUGCAGUGCCACUGCUGACCAGCAGGGGCUGGCUAAAAUGAACCUCUCUCCUCUUUAGACAUCCAUACUCCAACUCUUCUCCUGGAAUACAGGUCCAUUUGAUGUUUUAUCACAGUUCAUUUUGGUGCCUUUUUCUACAGUAUCAACUUACUGGCAGUUUUGAUGGUCCAUCUGACGUACGUUUUUUAUUUAGGAAAAAAAUAUAUAUAUAAAAGAUACUGAUUCGAUCUAGUGAGCUCUUGGAAAAAAGCGACUAAAAGUACAGUAAGGAAGCUCACUGAUCCAUGUACGUAAGGCUUUAUCAACAGCCGUGUGUGGGUGACCUUCACACACAGACACACUCACGCACACCUGACUCCUUCUCUUGCUCUGACAAUGUGUAGAAACCUAUGUACAAUCACACACAGAACCUCAGUCCUGUCAGAAACAGAAGUGACGAAUCACGGAGACACAGUUUGCACUUUGAAGUCUUACGAUGCAGCCCUGGACUUGGACAGUAUGUGGCCCACGUCAUCCGCCGGUGAUGUAAACACAUACAGUACCAGGGGGCGCUGCAGGUAUUUAUUAUUGUUUAUACGCGGCCCAGACUCUCUGGAGACGACUGUUGUAGCCCGUCCGCCGUGCCGUGACAAUUUGUGCACAAAUAGGUUUUCGUCGGUGCAUUUAAAUGAGUAAUGAUUGAGUUGAACUUUGGCCAAAGUGUCAACUGUGUGACUUCAUCAUGACGAGGCUGCUUAGAGGCCUUUUAAAUAAUAGACAUAUUUUACAUAAAUACAUAUAUUUAUUUAUUUUAUUUUGGGCUUCGGGGUAUUUGAAUGAACCAUGUUGUUUUGUGCCAUGCGUCCUCUACAGUGCUGAGAAGAGAACUGGUCUCACACUGAAGCCAACGCCCAGUUUGCAGUCAGAAUGCAGACAAUACUGCUUUUUGUCUUUGCUAGUUUUCAUUGUUUUUCGCCACUGAUGUUUUAGAGGAGUCCAGUGAACUUGUUGUUUUUGGUCCUUUGCGGUAAAAGCCACGUGUGAAGUAUUGAUCUCAGACGACUUCAGUUUUUGCAUUGCCUGGUUCGGCGACAAACAAACCCAGAAAUCUGUCUUGUUUUUUGAUGUAACUACUCGCUCUGGUCAGACGGUGAUCGCUGACGACUCUGAAGUGUGCAUGUGCAGCUGCUGAUGUAUGGAGCUGAAUGACCAUCAGUACGUUCACCUGACUGACUGUCCUCUGACUGAAUCCUGUGUUUCAAUACAGAAUAAACAGAGUAUUUUAAGGAG